AUGUCUUCAUCCUCUAGUACCGCCGGUAGAAACAUGUACUCUAGGGACUCAACACCAGCGACCGAUAUCAGUCCUCCAGGCUCUGACGAUUUCGUGUUGCCACCUCCUUCCGAAGAAACCCUUCGUCGCCGAGCACAAUCGGACCGCGCGUCCACUGAAAUCGGAAACCGAAUGCUCAAGGGAUGGGCUAUGCUCGCUGAAGAAUGUCCAAACGACAGCUGCUGGGCGAUUCCAUUAGUGCGAUUUCCACGUGCUCGCCCAGGUGCAGAGCCUGACCCUCGCAAGGAGUGCGUUAUAUGCGGUACCGUUUAUGUGAACAACGAAAAUGGACAAUUGGUUGCUCAACGAGCUACACCCUCCCGGACGACAACUGCCCCCCAACCCCAAUCUAACCCUGUAAGGGCAACAAAUGUACCAACUCCACAACCAAUCCCCCGGAACGUGACACCCAAGGCAUCCAGCCUAAAUACGACAAUCCCACCACCUAGCAUUGUGGGACCCUCUACCACGGCUGAUCGAACCCCGGUCGUACAAAAUAUUCCAAAGGCCCCCGCUGCGUCACUGUUUGGAUCAGCUGAAGAGGCGCUCAGCGGAGCACUAGAGGCGCUAUCUCAGCGAUUGGUACAAGUUUCCCUCGGUACUGAUAUAAACACAAAGCAGCAAGAAAGCUACGAGAGGGUAAUUAAUGGCUGGGGAUAUGACGAAGGAUGA